GUUUUCGUCCAAUAUUGCCGUGUUCUGCAGCCGAGUAGUAGACGCAGUAUCUUAGGCUUACUUACAGGUAUACCAAGCCAAUACCUCGUCGCUGUAUGGCGGCCCUCGCUCAACUUCUUGGAUAUGGUGUCCUUACCCUUGCAGUGUGGAAACUCAUUCAGAGGCGGGCCUCCAGACAGGCAAACGCUCUAAAUGUUGCAGGCCCAGAAAAGGAACACUGGUGGAAAGGCAACCUGGAGUUAAUGUUCGUGGACAGUUUUGAACGUUGCUUAAAGGUCGCCAUGGAUUAUGGUGGUGCCGUUAAAAUCCAUGCCUUCUUUGGAGAGGAAUGGCUAUAUGUAUCAGAUCCACGCGCGCUCCACCAUAUCCUUGUUAAAGAGCCACAUAUCUUUGAGGAAAAUGAUGCCUUUUUAUCUUGCAACAAUCUCAUCUUCGGCGAAGGUCUUAUUUCUACGCUAGGAGAACAACACCGAAAGCAGCGCAAAAUGCUCAAUCCAGUGUUCUCCAUAUCCAACAUGCGAGAGCUCCUGCCCAUUAUUCAAAACAUUUCCCACCAGCUAAAAUCCAUCCUCGUAGCAAGCAUUCCCGCCCACGAUUCCGUAGAACUCGAUGUUUUACCCUGGCUCUCUCGCAGUGCUCUCGAUUGUGUUUGCGAGGGCGUGCUGGGCUACCAUUCAGCUGCACUAGACACAGGGAGCGAGGACGAGUACAUAAAGUCGCUACGGAUGAUAGGUCCAUCCAUCAGCAAAACCAUGUUAUUUCGACCUUUGGUUCCCAUAUUUGUGCGCAAUUUGUCUCUUUUCUGGCGUAAAAAGAUAGUGGACUGGCUCACGAUAAAUUGGUUGCCGACGCAAACCAUGAGAGAUUUUAGAGAGCUACGCCGCGUAGUCGAAAUCAUGGACUCAGCCAGUAGAAGUAUUUUCCAAGAGAAGAAGACUGCACUGGAGACACCUUCCCCUAUCACAUCACAAUCCCAUGACACAUCUGGAGAAACGAGGGGAAAAGAUAUCAUGUCUAUCAUGCUCAAGGCAAAUGCCUCAUCUUCCGAGGCAGAUAGACUGACUGAUGCCGAGCUUCUGGGACAGAUAAAUGUUAUGACUUUUGCUGGUGUCGAUACCACGACGGCAGCAGUGGCUCGUGCAUUGUACAUGCUUGCGAAGCAUCCUCACGUCCAGGAACAGUUGAGAGCGGAGAUCUGCGAUGCCGUGACUUCAUAUGAAGCCGCUGACGUCAAUCCUUCGCACGCUAAAGAUGACAGCGGGUCCCUCAGACUGCCAUACGAUACAUUGAUCAAUCUUCCUUUGCUAGACGCAGUCGUUCGAGAGACCUUAAGGCUCUACCCAUCUCUGCCUGUCCUCAGUCGAAGAACUACAGAAGCAGCGUCAGUGCCAUUACAAUUUCCAGUUCGGUCUGUAUCUGGCGAAGAGAUCGAUGCGAUUCCUGUGGCUCAAAAUCAGAGACUCGUCAUAUCAAUCCUUGCCGCGAAUCAUAACCAAAACAUCUGGGGCGAAGAUGCAUCAGAAUGGAAACCUGAACGAUGGCUCAACUCGACUCAAGCUGGGGUCAAGAAUGGAGUGAAAUAUACUGGCGUUUAUUCUUCCAUGAUGACCUUCCUUGCGGGCAAUCGUGCUUGCAUAGGCUUCAAAUUUGCCGAAAUGGAAAUGAAGGACGUACUGGUGACUCUUGUGCGAGAUAUCCAUUUCGCCCUGCCGUCAGAACCGGACGAAACCGGGCACGUGAAGGAAGUGUACUGGAAAAUGAGUGGUUUCCACACACCAGUAGUUAAGGUGCCUGCAGGAGAUGGGGAAACACCUCAGCUCCCUUUGACUAUGCGGCUCGUCCAGAAAUGAUUCUGUUGUCGAACUAAUUGUUACCGAGAUCAUGGUUUAUUGCAAUUUACAAAUAUAAUGAAACUCACCU